AUGGAUGACCAUUCAACUGCGGUCUUCAAGCCUGUUUACAAGUCCUUCAAGUUCAAAUGUUCUGAAGCCAUAAAAGGGUUGAAGGUAGAAAAGAAUACCGGUUUGAAAGAUAAUAAUGUAUUCAUUUCCAAUUUGAAAAGUGAAGACAGUGAGGUGGUUUCAAAUCAACAUCCAGAUGAUAGCCGGAAUAUGCAUGCUGUAAGGAACGCCUCGAGAGCAAGUGGUUACAUGGAUUGGAAGGAUUCUGUGGAUGGAAAUGGCCAACAUAUCCCACAUUAUACUUGUACUUGCAGUGACAAGGAGGAGAGUAGGGAAAGAAAGGUUGGCAUGGACAAUGAAUUGCCAGAGCUGGCUGCUUUCCUUCAAGAGAGCAGUAAUUACCAGUGUUUUAAGGACAUUUGCAUUGACAAGGAAGUGCCAUCUCAGGAAAAAUAUUUGGUAGAAAACUGUGAGCUGGACCAUAGUCGUAUCGCUUGCAUACGUGACUCUGAUCUGGACAGCAGCAGUGAAUCAAUUGGAGAAACUCUGGACUCGGAGUCUUCCGCUUCAACUGAGCAUGACACUGACAAGGAUGUAAACGAGCAGUGUGGUUCCAAGAACUUGACGACUGAAGAUGACAAAUAUUUUGGAGAAAGUGAUGAUCAUUCAACCAAGAAGACCGUAUCUGAAACACUGCUUAUAGUUAGACAGGGUCCAAAUAACGCAGUGCUGGCAAACUCCAUGGUAUUAUCCAAAAGUCAGGCAAUUGAUGACAACAGCCGCACAAGCAAGGCCUCUGUACGAAGUGACCUGGACGAUGCAAGCAGUCUUGGCAAACUCAAUGGUAUAAUCACCAUAGAUGAUGGGAGAGAGGAAGUCACACAAAGUGCAGAGUGCCAUCCUCCGGACAUAGGAAACAUGUUCAGGCCUGAUUCGUCCGAAGAUGGGAUGUCAGCAUCUGAACCUUGUUCAGGCCUUUUAGCACUCUCAGGAGGAAUACCAAGUUGCGGUAGCAUAUCUCUUCGGUCAAAUAGCAGCACAACUAGCUCCCAGUCUUUUGCUUUUCCCAUAUUAUCCUCGGAAUGGAAUGGCAGCCCGGCAAGAAUGGGGAAAGCUGACCCGAGACAAUUACAGAGACACCACCGCCAUUGGGUGAUGCGUUUUCUCUGCUGGAAGUCAAGAAGAUCGAUCGGUCACAAAACAAAGGCCCACAACCAUGAUAGCCAUCUGCCCAACUGUGAGAGGGUUCCAACUUCAAACGUGAAGUCAAAAUCCAUGGGGGGCAGACAGCGCAGCAUGGUCCAUAGCCCAUUGAAGUCUUUAAUGGCAAUUCUUUAUGGCAAAACCCAUAGGCAAGAAGAAGGGAGCAUAUUCCGUCUUCAACAAGUCACAUCUUGA